GUAGCACUGCAUAGCGUUCUUUCCACUCGUUCCACAAACAAUUCGCAACACUUUUAUUUGUAGCCGGCCGGCAACUAGUUGAAUUUCACAAAUUAAUUCUUAUUCGCGACGCUUUAAAAUUCCAUUAGUAUUGUGAGAAAAUGACAGCUCCCAGCAAAGCAUUAAAUAUUGGUGAUGACUUCCCUAAUUUUCAUGCGGAAACAAAUGAAGGUCCCAUUGACUUUCAUGAUUGGAUUGGCAAUUCCUGGGCCAUUUUGUUUUCACAUCCAGCCGAUUAUACACCAGUGUGCACAACGGAAUUGGCGCGUGUAGCUAAACUCCUGCCGGAAUUUGCUAAACGAAAUGUAAAGCCAAUUGCUUUAUCUGUUGAUACGGUUGAGUCGCAUAAAGGAUGGAUAGAGGAUAUUAAAAGCUAUGGUGAUUUAAACUCUUUUGACUAUCCAAUUAUUGCUGAUAACAAACGUGAAUUGGCUGUCAAAUUAAAUAUGUUGGAUAAGGAUGAGCUAAACAAAGAUGGCAUACCACUAACCUGUCGUGCUGUAUUCAUUAUUGAUGACAAAAAGAAGCUACGCCUUUCAAUUCUUUAUCCAGCUACAACUGGUAGAAAUUUUGAUGAAAUACUGCGUGUAAUCGACUCACUUCAACUCACACAACAUAAGUCGGUGGCUACGCCAGCUGAUUGGAAGCAAGGUGAUGCGUGCAUGGUUUUGCCCACGGUCAUGGAGAAUGACGUUCCGAAGCUAUUUCCAGCAGGCGUUGAAGUGGUUGCAGUACCAUCAGGGAAGACUUAUUUGCGUAAAACGCCACAACCAUAGAUUUUAAUAAUCUAAAAGUUAAAUCGUUUAUAAAGCUACUCCUAACAAUGGCUAUUUUGUAUUGUACCUUUAAAAAUCUUAUUGAUAAUAAUUUGUUUUGUGUUAUGAAUUCCUAAAUUUUUAAUUAUUUUAAUGCUUGUUUUUUAAUAUUCUUUGUCAUAAAUUAUCCGUUACACAAUGCUUUUUGUUAAUAAAAAAAAACUAUUUUGAAUUAUAUAUGCGCUGCAACAAUAA